GCUUUGGAGUUGUAGUAGUGUUGAUAUGAGCACGUAGACAGUGGGCAUGUGAUGCGGAAGAACGUAGUGAACGGGAAAAAUCGCUAAUUACUUGCUGUGACUUACACGUCAGCGCAUUUAAACGAGAGAUUAGAAUAGAAAUCUAAAGUUUACAGCAGUUAGGAUUUUGAGUUACAGCAAGCUGGGAUUAGCUAGUUGUGCUAAUUGUGUUUCAAUAGCAUAUUUUGACAACAUUUGUUUUCAACUCUAUUUACCGGCAUGUCAACACAAACAACGCACGCCCCUUCAGCGCCGGAAUUGCCCACCACAUCACAUGGCGCACCCUCAGCACCGCCAGUCGCAUCAGCUGACGAUUGGAGUUGUUUUGGUAAUGCAAGCGGCGAGCAAGAACAAACUCAAAAUCCAACACAGGGCGCGUCUACGUCAAGAACAAUUGAAACCGUUAAUGUCACAGCUAAUGAUGCCGCCACCAUUAAUGCUGCACCCAAAAUCACAUCUUCCACAGCGUAUUCGUUUCCAGGCAGCGCACUAGGAAGUGAAUCCACCGCAAAUAUAAACAGCAUUAAGGCAGAAACCAGCACCAAUGGUGACUCUAAAGCCAAUAACAACGAAGAAGAAAAGGUUGACGAUUCGAUGUAUGAAUGCAAUAUUUGUCUCGACACUGCUAAGGAUGCAGUAGUCAGUUUAUGCGGUCAUCUCUUCUGUUGGCCAUGUUUACAUCAAUGGUUGGAAACACGUCCAAAUUGUAAAUUAUGCCCAGUGUGCAAAGCAGCUAUUGGCAAAGAUAAGGUGAUUCCGCUAUACGGGCGCAAUAGUACCAAACAAGAGGAUCCCAGAAAUAAAGUACCACCACGCCCUGCUGGCCAGCGCACUGAGCCGGAACCACAGCAAGGCUUUCAAGGAUUCGGUUUUGGUGAUGGUUUCCAUAUGUCUUUCGGUAUUGGCGCUUUUCCGUUUGGCUAUUUCGCUUCAUCAUUUAAUUUUGGCGAACCACGAGCAGCCGCCGCCAAUCGUGGCACAACACAAUUCGAAGAUGAGCAGCAAUUAUCCAAAUUAUUUCUGUAUUUGGCAGUCUUGUGCAUUGCUUGGUUGUUGUUCGCAUAGCAAUACUAAAUUAGUUGGUUAUACUCACAUACAUAAAUAAUAUACAUAUAUUUGUGCAAAGAGCCCUCUUUUAAUUUGUUGCUCCGUGCUUGCGAUUAUUAAUAAGAAGUCUAACUUUAUACUUGUAUGCAUUUUAUUGAACCCACUUACAUACGAAAUUAUACAUACUUACACUGAGAAAUAAUAUAAAAAAGCAAAGAUAUUUAAAGGUAAAAUUAUAAAACAAAAAAAAAAAAAAUUAAUAAAUGUGUGCAAAGAACUGAAAA